CCACCACAUUAAUAUACCUCAGCACGCACGCAGCCCUGAAUUAAAUAAAAAUGAGGUAUUUGUACCGGACUUUCAAAUCAAUUAAACACAAAGGUUACCUCAUCUUUCCCUUCUCAUCCAUCCUGCAUGAGGGCAACCUCCCCCACGUCCAUGCGUAAGUGAGGUAGGACCUCCAUUUUUCUCUCCUGCCGGCCACCUUCCUCAUCGUCGUCAUCCUCCUCCUCCGCGUCACCAUCAUCAUCCACAAGCUGCAUCCGAGGAAGAAGAAGAAGAAGACGAGCAGCGCAUUGUGACGGAGCAGAAAAGAUGGACGUAACCGACCAGGGUGCCCAAAUGGAGCCACUGUUGCCAACGGAACAAAGCGCUCAAGAAAACAAAAAAGUGAGGACUGAUGAGGAAGCAGUGGUGGAUCGGGGUGGAACGCGCUCCAUGCUGAACACCAACUUUGAGAAGGAAGAACUGGAAGGUCAUCGUACUCUAUAUAUUGGGGUGCACGUUCCUCUUGGUCGGAGGUCGCAUCGCCGCCACCGUCACCAUGGCCAUCGACAUCGGAAGCGAUCCAAGGAGAGGGACUCCACGGCCGACGACGGCCGAGAAUCCCCAUUGCACACAGACACACCAGCCCAGAGGGUGCAGUUUCUGUUGGGGACAGAGGAUGGUGAUGAGGAGCACAUCCCUCACGCCCUGUUCACCGAGCUGGACGAAAUCUGUCUCAGAGAGGGGGAUGAUGCAGAAUGGAAGGAGACUGCCAGGUGGCUGAAGUUUGAGGAGGAUGUUGAGGAUGGCGGCGAGAGAUGGAGCAAGCCCUACGUGGCCACUCUGUCUCUUCACAGUCUAUUUGAACUUCGCAGCUGCAUUAUGAACGGCACCGUGAUGUUGGACAUGAGGGCAAAUUCGCUGGAGGAGAUUGCUGAUAUGGUCCUGGACCAGCACGAGUUGUCUGGCCCAUUAGGUCAGGAUGCCAGGAAAAGGAUCCGUGAGGCCCUGCUCAAGCAGCAUCACCACCAGAACCACAAGAAGCUCGCCAACCGCAUCCCGAUUGUGCGGUCCUUUGCAGAUAUCGGCAAGAAGCAGUCAGAACCGCAUUCCAUGGACAAGAAUGGCCAAACCGUUUCCCCACAGUCCCAGCCCGCCACCACUGAAGGAAAACAAGACGUCAGCAGAGAAAACAGUGCAGUCGACUUCAGCAAAAUUGACCUUCACUUCAUGAAGAAAAUUCCACCUGGCGCCGAGGCUUCCAAUGUCUUGGUUGGGGAGUUGGAGUUCCUAGACCGUCCCGUCGUGGCCUUUGUGCGCCUGUCACCUGCUGUGCUGCUCAACGGCCUGGCUGAGGUUCCCAUCACUACCAGGUUUCUUUUCAUCCUCCUUGGGCCUCUGGGAAAAGGUCCACAGUAUCAUGAAAUAGGGCGGUCCAUUGCAACCCUGAUGACUGACGAGGUUUUCCAUGAUGUGGCGUAUAAAGCCAAAGACAGAAAUGACCUUGUUGCGGGAAUCGAUGAGUUCCUUGAUCAAGUAACUGUGUUACCCCCUGGAGAAUGGGACCCCUCCAUCAGGAUAGAACCUCCCAAAAAUGUGCCCUCUCAGGAAAAGCGGAAGGUUCCUCCUGUUCCAAAUGGAGUUACAGAUAUUGUUGAGACCGAGGAACAUGGAGGCCAUGGUGGCCCUGAGCUCCAACGCACUGGAAGGCUCUUUGGCGGGUUCAUCCUGGAUAUCAAGAGAAAGGCCCCUCACUACCUUUCUGACUACACCGACGCCAUUAGCCUGCAGUGUCUGGCUUCUUUCCUGUUCCUUUACUGCGCCUGCAUGUCACCUGUUAUCACCUUUGGAGGUCUCCUUGGUGAAGCCACCGAAGGACGUGUGAGUGCUAUCGAGUCCUUGUUUGGGGCUUCCAUGACUGGUAUUGCCUACUCGCUUUUUGCUGGGCAGCCUCUUACAAUCCUUGGGAGCACAGGUCCGGUUCUUGUGUUUGAGAAGAUUCUCUUCAAAUUUUGCAAGGAGUAUGGGCUAUCCUACCUCUCCCUGAGGGCCUGCAUUGGGCUGUGGACAUCGUUUUUCUGUCUCCUGCUGGUGGCCACAGAUGCCAGCUCGCUUGUUUGCUACAUCACACGUUUUACAGAAGAAGCCUUUGCAGCCCUCAUCUGCAUCAUCUUCAUCUACGAGGCUCUAGAGAAACUGCUCCACCUCGGCGUGCACUACCCCAUCAAUAAAAACAACGACCUUCAGAAACUGACGCAGUAUUCGUGUGCUUGUGUGGAACCCAGUAAUCCCAGCAAUGAGACGCUGCAGUUCUGGGAGAAGAAAAACAUCACGGCCUCCGGUGUCAACUGGACUAUGUUGGAAGUUAAGGAGUGCGAAGAACUGCACGGGGAUUUCAGGGGUACUGCAUGUGGCCCCCACGGCCCUUAUAUCCCUGACGUCCUCUUCUGGUGUGUGGUCCUCUUCUUCACCACCGUCUUCAUGUCCGCCUUCCUCAAGGAGUUCAAGACAAGGCGGUACUUCCCUACCAAGGUGCGGGCCAUCAUCAGUGACUUUGCAGUUUUCAUCACCAUCUUCACCAUGGUUCUGGUGGACUACGCACUGGGCAUUCCCUCACCAAAACUGCAAGUUCCCAGCAAGUUUAAACCAACCAGAGAUGAUCGUGGCUGGCUGAUCAACCCUGUGGGACCUAACCCGUGGUGGACCACCAUCAUCACCUUCAUCCCUGCUCUCCUGUGCACCAUCCUUAUCUUCAUGGACCAACAGAUCACUGCCGUUAUUAUCAACAGGAAGGAACACAAACUGAAGAAAGGCUGUGGCUACCACCUGGAUCUGUUUGUGGUCGGGGUGAUGCUGGGCGUGUGCUCCGUGAUGGGUCUACCGUGGUUUGUGGCAGCCACCGUGCUCUCCAUCUCCCAUGUCAACAGUUUGAAGCUGGAGUCUGAGUGUUCUGCUCCUGGUGAGCAGCCGAAGUUCCUGGGUAUUCGUGAGCAACGCUUCACCGGGCUCAUGAUCUUCACCUUAAUGGGCUGCUCUGUGUUCAUGACGUCGAUGUUGAAGUUCAUUCCAAUGCCUGUGCUGUAUGGAGUGUUUCUCUACAUGGGAGCCUCCUCACUUCGAGGGAUUCAGUUCUUUGAUCGUCUCCGGCUGUUUGGGAUGCCGGCCAAACACCAGCCAGAUUUCAUUUACCUUCGCCAUGUUCCACUGAGGAAGGCUCACCUCUUCACCAUCAUCCAGCUUAGUUGUUUGGUGAUGCUGUGGGUCAUCAAGACAUCCAAGGCCGCCAUCGUUUUCCCAAUGAUGGUCUUGGCGCUGGUCUUCAUCCGGAAGCUUCUGGACUUUAUCUUUACCAAGAGAGAACUGAGCUGGUUAGAUGACUUGAUGCCAGAAUGGAAGAAGAAGAAACUCGAGGAUGCUGCUCAAGAGGAGGAGCACAGUAUUAUUGCAGAAGAAGAAGGCAUUGUGCAGGUCCCACUUGAAGAACACCUCAAGAGCGACCCAGCGACAGUGAACAUUACUGAUGAGAUGUCCAAAGGCUCUUUUGGAGACGUAUGGAAGGGUGUCAGUCCUGUGGAAAAAGAUCCUCCUGCUAAAAGAUCCCCUUCCUAACCUCUCAGAAGCUGAGAAGCAAAAAGGUUUUCCAAAAGUGGCGAGAAGCGUCACAAACGUCGGAAGCGCGACAAGAGCUUGGACAGAGAGACAAGUUUGUGAAGACACACACUGGCAGUGCCGCCAUUUUGUCAUUUCUGUGUUAAUAAUAGUUUUGAAAAUACUGUGCCACACUCAACCACCUUUGUACUGUGAUACACUGUUUUUUGUCUUUGUGUGCAAGUUGUGUACUGAAAAGGUGAAAUUAGAAAUGUCAUUAUUAUAAAGAGUCAAUGCACAUUCGUGCAAAACCAGCAACAAAUGUAAUGUUUUCAACAGGCCAAAAUUAUUGACGAAUUUUGAAUAACAUUAAUUGUAUUUUACAGAUUUUUAAGCUUUGCAAAAUCUGCAUCGUAUUGAAAAAAAUAUAUAAAAAUGCUUAUGUGUGUUGCACGUCCCUGGGGUGUGAAUAUAUAAUCUUCAGACGUUUGACAACAAAAAAGUUUACAUUUUAAAGAGGAGCUGCAAUUUUUGGGGGAAUUUUGCUCAUCGUUCACAAUUAUUAUGAGAGACAUGAUAAAAGAUGGAUUUUUUAAAAUACAUUCUAUCUUGUAAGUGAAUACUAAUAAUAGUCCGCUUGAUAAAUAACCAUUGAAAAAACACCAACAACACUCCAUUUACAUAUCAUGACUUGAAUAUUGAUCAAGUAUUAGUGAUAUUGCCACAGCCACCUGUGUAUUUAUAAGGAUUAUGUUCAUUCUUCAUCGAAAUUGGAACAUAUGAACAUUCUAGCAGUCGGCAUCCUAUUGACAGCAGACCUUGCACAGUAAGUGAUGUUUUUUUUUAUGUUUGUUAGCUCUCGUAACGUCUGCAGUAAAUAAUAGUGAUGAAGAAGAAAAAAGCAAACGUGAUGCGUUUUUAAAAAUGAAUGCACCGCGUUUGCUUAAAAUUAUCAAAAUACGUAAAUAUCAAAUGCUGUUAUAAAUAUGCCCGUUACUACAUUGCAUAUAUAUUUACAUCAUGUAUAUACAACCUUAAAGGGGAACAUUAUCACUAUUUCCAAAGGGUUAAAACAAUAAAAAUCAGUUCCCAGUGGCUUGUUGUAUUUUUUGGAAGUUUUUUUCAAAAUUUUACCGGUCCCCGAAUAUCCCUAAAAAGAGCUUUAAAGUGCUUGAUUUUCGCUAUUGAUUUUCCCUGUGACGCUUACAUAGGUCUGGUGACAAUGUUCCCCUUUAAUGGAAGUGUCUGGAUAUUUUUUAAGGGCUUUGUAGGCAGAAUUACGCGGCUCCAUUUAAGGCAAACUCAUGACCGAAUUUGUUUUAAUAUUCUGACUGCAAAAAAAAAAAAAAAAAAAGAUUUUAAACGAUAGGCAAAAUUCCAAAAAAGCUCAGUUCAGCUUUAGUUUUUCAAUACAGAACAAAUGUCAUCAUUAAUUAUGACAUUUCAAUUAAAUAGUUAUUGGAAUUAAAAUGUAUUAAUAUUAAUUACAAAAUGACAAAAGAAUUACAAAUAUAGAAAAUAAUUAAUUACAAAUAAGAUUUAAAUGUGUAUUAUAUUUCAUAUAUAUAUAAAAUAUAUGCCUUUUGCAUCAAGACUUUAGGGACACAUUUGGGAACUUGUGUGAUGUCUAAAGGUUUUAAAGCAAAUCUUUGAGUUUUUAUGUAUUCUGUAUAAUUGUUUGUGAUGGUAACAGCAAUUUAUUUAUUAAUUUUCAUGACAUUCCAUUUAAAAAAAUAUCUACCUUUUUUUUUUUUUUUUUUAAAGAUACAAUUUUAGCGUAGCUCUUUUGGGGAAUUACUCUUACUUGGUCUUUGUUUUGUAUUGCAAAGGCGGAUCUUUAGAGUUGCUUGUACAGGAAACAUUAGCACUUGUGUCAUCUUGUCACCCAUGGACCUAUGCUCUCCUCCGUGCUGUUGGCAUUCAAACUUUGUAUUCUGUAAAGACACUUUUAGAGAUGCAAUAAUGAAAAAAAAAUCAGCAAAAGGGCAACCUGUAAUAUGUGUUAACUGUCUUAACAAUGUAUAAUACAUGCUAUAUUUUAUUAAGUGUUACUAAUAUAUUACUAAACUGAUGUCAAAGACAGUUUUUUUUUCAUCUAGAUGUUUCGUUCCUUUCAUCUCAUUAAUGCUUCUUUGUUCCUCAGACAAAUCAAUAAUAUUAAAAUAAUACAUUUUUAACACAAUUGGGUUGGUUUUUGCCUUAAACUUUGGUAGAAGGUAGCCAUUGCACUUUCUGUUCAUAAAUUGAACUUUUGCCAUAAUUUACUUUCCAAUUGUUGUUCACUUGUGUUUUCCGAAAAAAAUUACAAAGAAGCAAGAGUGUUUAAAAAUGUUCAAUAAACUUCUUUCACGUUU